GUGGGCCAUAGUCUGUGAAAAAGCAGACAUACUAUAGAGAAUACGGACUAAAAAACAAUCCCUGAUGCGAAUCUUAGCGCGAAAGAACGGCUAUGAUAACAGGUGCAUCUAAGCUCGAGCUCAGAAUAGCACUUUCGCGUUCUGUUUCCAAACUCCAAGACCCCCCUUCCUCUUGUCUGUGCCGCACCGUCGCGGACCGGGUGCCUGCCGAUCAUGGCCAGCCGCGACGACCUCGCCGCGCUCCGCGAGCAGACCGCCCUCGCCUCCUCCGCGGCCGUCUCCGUCUCCGACCUCGACCUCGCGUACCAGCUCCAGCUCGCCGAGGCCAUCCAGGCAUCUCUCCGACUCGACGCCCUCUCCAGUAAUCCCUCCUCUUCCAAAGGCAAAGCCCCCAUCGCCGCCGCCGCCGCCUCCUCCUCCUCCUCGUCCUCGUCCCGGUCCCAGCCCGCCCCUGCGCCGCCGGAGCCCUCGGACGCCUCCUACGCCCUGGCGGUCCACGCCGCCGACCUCGCGCGCGCCGAGGAGGACCACCGCUACGCCGAGGCCUGCCGCGCCUACCACGCCAGGGCCGCCGCCUCCGCCUGCGUCGCCGCCCACGACGCCAUUUUCGCGCGCGAACUCGCCGCUGUCCCGGAGGACCAGUGGACCCACGACGGAGACAACAUCGAGCGCCCCCUGGACUCGACCAAGCCCCUCUUCCGCGUCAUGUUCAAGGGCAUGGCGAGCAAGGAGGUGGUCGGGUCGCGGGACUGGGACCCCCGCGUCGCGGUCCUCGCCGUGGCGCUGUGCGACUCCCAGGGAAAGGUGGUGCUCAGGAUACAGAAGCCGGUGGAAGGGUUUGUGGGCGGACGCAUGAUGCUCGAGGCAAUGGCUCUCACCGAAGGCCUCCAGGCGGCGCUCGGGUUAGGGAUCCAGAGCAUCAGGAUUCUCAACGAUUACAAGGCACUCCAUAACCAUAUGCGUGGAAUUUGGCGCCCGAAACAGGCGAAGCUUGCAGAAAUGAUAGAUCAGGUUCUGUCAGUAGCAAAGAAAUUCAAACAAUGUGAAAUUUCACUUGUGGAACGAGGCAAACUUGAUUACGUGAUGAAAUUAGCAAGAGAUUCGAUACUCUCUCAGAUUGCCAAAGCAGUUGCUGUGAAUGCUAGCAAGGAGAAAAGAGAAACCUGCGCCAUCUGCCUGGAAGACACCGAUGUUUCUAAAAUUCAUGUGGUCGAAGGCUGUGCACAUCGCUUUUGUUUCUGCUGCAUGAAGGAGCAUGUGAAAGUUAAGCUACUCCAUGGAACUCUACCAGCUUGCCCACAAGAUGGUUGCACUACAAAGCUAACCGUGGAGGGUUCAAAGAUAUUCCUAUCGCCUCGACUGUUAGAUAUCAUGGUGCAACGGAUCAGGGAAGGACAGAUCCCUGCUACUCAAAAGAUUUACUGCCCGUACCCCAAGUGUUCAGCCUUGAUGUCCUUGAGUGAAAUGAAACACCCAUUGCAAGAAUCUUCCUCAAAGUACACCAUUGCUGAUGCUGCCACAUUGAGGAAGUGUGUCAAAUGCAGAGGCUCAUUCUGCAUCAGCUGUAAGGUCCCAUGGCAUGACAGGAUGUCUUGUUACGACUACAAGAGUAGGUACCCCCAAGCUCGUCCAGAUGAUGCGAAGUUACAGAACCUUGCACGGCAGCAGCUGUGGCGCCAAUGUGUCAAAUGCAAGCACAUGAUUGAACUCUCAGAGGGCUGCUACCAUAUGACCUGUGUAUGCGGCUAUGAAUUCUGCUACACCUGUGGGAAAGAAUGGAAGGACAAGAAAGCGACCUGCUCCUGCCCGCUGUGGGAUGAAGAUAACAUUAUCCGUGAUGGCAUGGAGGAGGAGGAUGACGACGACUAUGACUAUGACUAUGACUAUGAGGAUGAGGAUGAGGAUGAUGAUGAUUACAAUGAUUACUAUGCUAGAGAAGGGCAACACUAUGACAGGCAUAAUGCUGGCCACCAACAUGGUGGAGGAGCGAGGAAUUUUUAUGACUACAACAAUAAUCCCGGGCAUCAUCCUCACCAUGGCGGUGGAGGGGCACGAAAUUUCUACAACUACAAUUAGUCUAUUUGCAGCUACAACUGAUAUUUGCGUUUGCGUUUAGUGUCUAACCAGUUGACUGCUGAUGGUACUAUCCGUUAGGCCCACAUGAACUUAGGCAAGGCAAAUUAUGAGUGAACGUUGGUUUUUGCUCAUGGCAUAUGUUCUUGAUCUGAUAUUAAUCAGCAGUGGUAUUUUCUUUUGUGAUAAUGAUACUCUCUAGGAUAGUAUGCACAUGCUUCUCA